AGUAAUAACAAUAUAAUAUGCUCUACACUGGUGCAGUCCUACUGUGGAUUUCACAAGUCUACCGGAAGAAUUAGAAACCAUGAGCCUGGUGCCGUUCCCAAGCGGCGGAGAUGAUAACCGGAGCAGUACUCACUCCGCCAAAACUCCGCCGCAGUCACGCGAUUCUCUAGCAAUUAAUUCGCCCUCCUCCCCUAUUCCCCGAGAUCCGGUCAAGUUAACGGCGAGAUCAUGCUUGUACGAGAUAUGUGCGAAAAGUCGCUGGAAACGUCCGGUAUUCACUUGUUGCAACGAAAAUGGUCCGACUAAUCUCAGAUCCUUCACCUACAAGGCAGUUGUUGAGAUGAAAGAAGAAGACUCAAAGUCAUGGAUACUGGUGGAGUGUAUUGGAAAGCCUCAAUUCAACAAGAAAAAUGCAGCAGAUUCAGCUGCUGAAGGAGUUUUAUGGUACCUUGUGCAUCUAGGUUAUCCCAAAAAAGCAUGAUUCGCUCAAGAAAUUAAGGUGAUGCCACCGUCUGCCAUUGUUGAGUCUCAAGAAGCUCUGGGAAAGCUUAUAGGGGCAGAAAGUAAGUUAUGUGAAUAUAAGAAAGUAUGUGUAUGAUAUAUAGAAAACAGAG